UUUCGGGGCUAGUUUUUCAGGCUCAGCCAAACUCAUACCCCCCUCCCACUUUGCAAGAGCUCCAACGUUAACCGGUAAUUACCAAAAGGCGAACACCCGGAAACACUGCAGCAUUCCCUGGGCACGGGAGCUGAGAGACACGACGCUGAGCAGGUGAAAGGAUGGACACCCAGAGUCAGGUUGUGGACCGGCUGAGGUCAGCGUUUCGUUCAGGCAUCACAGUCCCGGAGCAGUUUCGCCGAACUCAGCUGACCAAGCUUAUGUCCAUGAUCAAAGAUAACGAGGAACUGAUUUUAAAUGCACUGCACAAAGACCUCGCAAAGCCGAAGUUUGAGGCCGUCCUGUCUGAGGUUGAUAUAGUGAUCAAUGAGAUCCACUACGCCAUCAAUAACUUAUCAAGCUGGAUGAAGCCAGAGUACGCCAGCACAAACCUGGCCACUAGGUUUGAUGACUGCUUUAUCCGGAGGGAGCCAUUAGGAGUCGUGUUAAUCAUUGGGCCGUGGAACUAUCCCCUGCAACUCCUUCUCUUACCCUUGGUUGGAGCCAUUGCCGCAGGAAACUGUGUGAUCAUUAAGCCUUCAGAGAUCAGCGCCGCCACAGAUGGUCUGAUAGCAGAGCUCGUCCCCAAAUAUUUGUCACAGGACUGUUAUGCAGUCGUUCAUGGUGGAGCAGAGGAGACCAAGGCACUGCUGCAGAAUCGCUUUGACCACAUCUUCUACACAGGUUCUCAGACUGUGGCACGCAGCAUCCUGCAGGCAGCCUCAGUCCACUUGACCCCAGUGACCUUGGAACUGGGCGGCAAGUGUCCGUGCAUCCUUUACGGACGCUUGAACAUCACAGGUGCUGCUCGCCGCUUGGUGUGGGCCAAGUUUUUUAACGCCGGGCAGAGCUGCGUGGCCCCGGACUAUGUGCUGUGCUCACCGGCCACCCGGGACGCCCUGGUGCCUGCGAUGCGCGAGACCCUGGAGAAUUUCUACACCGCGGAGCCUCAGACCUGUCCCGACCUCUCCCGCAUCGUGUCACCCAGACACUGGACUCGACUGAUGGAGCUACUCAAGAAGUCCAGUGGCAAGGUUGUUCUGGGAGGAGAGAGCAACGAGGAGGAGAAGUACAUUGCUCCCACAGUGGUGGUGGACGUGGCUGAAGAUGAUGCACUAAUGCAGGAGGAGAUUUUCGGCCCCAUCCUGCCCAUCCUCACCGUGGAGUCUCUGGAGCAAGGCAUCGAAUUCGUCAACCGCAAAGAGAAGCCGCUGGCCCUCUAUGUUUUCUCCGAAGAAUCCUCUGUGGUAAACACAGUCCUGGAGAACACCACCAGUGGAGGAUUCUGCUCUAACGACGGGAUCGUCCACAUGACCCUGCCGAGCCUGCCCUUUGGAGGUGUAGGGGCCAGUGGCUGGGGCAGCUACCACGGCCGCUGGGGCUUCGAGCAGUUCAGCCACCGGCGGGGCUGCAUGCUGCGCGGCUGGGCGUUGGAGAGAUUCAACAGCCUGCGCUACCCACCUUACCAAGAUCCAAAUAAACUGAGCUGGCUGCGCUGGACCACCUCGCCAAAGAGCAGCUGCUCACUUAUGUGAUGGCAGCUCCUGUUACACCAGCCCAGGGACUAUGGGACUACGGAAAAUUAGCCUGGAUGCCUAAACUAAAUGUGCACUGGCCCCCGUAACGUCAAUCUGUGUGAAUACAUGCCAGGUGAUAGUGCACUGUUUUGUGCACUUUCCAUCGUGCAAGUUGAUCUCCUAAAGCAGACUUCUAUAAUGAUUCUAAUUUUGUAUCUAUUGUGUUUUUAGAAGAUAUCCUGCCCUGUAUUUUCUCUAGAAAAAAAUCCCACCCUUUCUCAGCGAGUUCUUUUUAGGCACGUACUUCACUCUCAGCACAUGUAUUCUGUUAGCAGAAUGCAGAUCACGGGCAAAAUAGGCCUGUUUUUUUAUUGAUAAAACAAUUUAAACUGGCUUAGAUUAAAAAAAAAAUGCCAGCAUCCCACCGCCUGCCUAAUCCUGUUCUUCUCCACUGAAAUCUUUACGUGGUGAGAAUGGCUUUACACGUACCGUUGAAUUUGUCACUGUAAAUCUUUUUUAUUGUUCUGAUCAAUCGGUGUACUUCUCUUGGUGUCAGAAGAGAUCUACAUGUGUUAUUAUCUGUAUUUUAAUGCUGUUUUCCAUGAUAUACUGUAAAUAAAUUUGACAUUUUAUAAACA